CACACAUAAUAUUUACUCACACCAGAGCUUCCCCUCUUCUUCAUUUUGGCUCAGACUUCUCAAGAAGACAACUUCAACCGAGAACCAACCUCAGAAAUGCUAAUGGCAACAACCGCUAGCUCAAGCUCAUUACUUAGACCAACCCCAUUUCUUGGUCAAAACAGGGGAACAAGCUCCAAUGGCUUGAGAGAUGUUGUUCCUAUGGGAACUGGCAAAUACACCAUGGGAAAUGAUUUGUGGUAUGGACCAGACAGAGUGAAGUACUUGGGACCCUUUUCAGCUCAAACUCCAUCUUACUUGACUGGAGAAUUCCCUGGUGAUUAUGGUUGGGACACUGCUGGUUUGUCUGCUGAUCCUGAGGCCUUUGCCAAGAACAGGGCUCUUGAGGUGAUCCACGGUAGAUGGGCAAUGCUUGGAGCUUUGGGGUGCAUAACCCCAGAAGUUUUGGAGAAAUGGGUGAAAGUGGACUUCAAGGAGCCAGUUUGGUUCAAGGCCGGAGCCCAAAUCUUCUCAGAAGGUGGAUUGGACUACUUGGGCAACCCCAACUUGGUCCAUGCCCAAAGCAUCCUAGCAGUGCUGGGCUUCCAAGUCAUUCUAAUGGGUCUGGUUGAAGGGUUCCGUAUCAAUGGGCUUGAUGGAGUUGGAGAGGGCAAUGAUUUGUACCCAGGUGGGCAGUACUUUGAUCCAUUGGGCCUGGCUGAUGACCCAGUUACCUUUGCUGAGCUCAAGGUGAAGGAGAUCAAGAACGGUAGACUUGCUAUGUUCUCCAUGUUUGGGUUCUUUGUUCAAGCCAUUGUUACUGGAAAGGGACCACUUGAGAACCUACUUGAUCACCUUGACAACCCAGUUGCUAACAAUGCUUGGGUCUAUGCCACAAAGUUUGUUCCUGGGUCGUAAAUUGAGUAGUGAUCUUGUUCUUUAAAAUGUUUUAAUUAUAUUUGAUGUUAUGACUCAUGAGAUGAAGUAAAUUGUGGUACUAUUGUAAAGGAAACAUUCUAUGUAGAUUAAUAUCACUACUACUUGCCGUGUUCUUGGCCUAAAAUUGUUUGUAAUUUUAUCAGUUUGAUGAUAUCCAACGUAACUCGGAAAUUUUUCUUGUU